CUUCAUCCAUUUCCAUCACAAAAACCCAAAAAGGAAAAAAAAUAAUAAUAAUAAUCUUCCUGCUCAAAACCCACCCUUUUUCCCAUCGUUUUCGGUGGGAAAGCUUCUUCCAUCUGGGUUUUGAUUUUUUUGAUCAUCAAUCACCAUUUGCAGGAAGGGUUUCCACUUCCAUAACCGAAUAGGAGGGACCAAAAAAAAAAUAAAUAAAUAAAAAUGGCCGGGACAGCCGUGGUCUCGGUCCUAUCACUUAUUUUAGUGGUGGGAGUUGCUUUGGCAGUUGUGGCAGUUGUUAACAAAUCCAGCUCCGGUUUGAGCACUGAGAAUUUGUCCCCCAAAAUGAAAGCUGUGGCCACUCUAUGUUCUGAGACUGAUUACCAACAAGAAUGUCAAGACACUCUGGGGAAGAUCGCUCAAAAUUCCACCUCGGAGGACCCGAAGGAGUUCAUUAAAUCUGCGAUUAUGGCCACUGUUGAAGAGGUUAAGAAAGGGUUCAAUUUGACGGACACCCUCAGCGUGGAGUCUGCUGGUAACAAUUCUUCCUUGGUAAAAAUGUCGAUUGAGGAUUGUAAGGAUUUGCUGCAAUUCGCUGUUCAAGAGCUUCAGGCUUCUUACUCCACCGUUGGGGACAGCGAUGAGCGCACCCAAGAGGAGCGAGUCGCUGACAUCAAUACCUGGCUCAGCGCCGUCAUUUCUUAUCAGCAAUCUUGCCUCGACGGCCUUGGAGAAGCCGACCCCAAGCUGAAAGAAACCAUGGAAGGUGGUCUUGACGCUGCGCGCAAGCUUACCAGCAACGCUCUGGCUAUUGUCGCCGGGGUCUCCCAGGUUCUCGGCAACUUCGGCUUGGAUUCCCCGCCAUGGCCUCCGCCGUCGCCGGCACCACCCCCGUCGUUUCAUGGCAGCCGGAAAUUACCCAUUUGA